AUGGGUGUCUCCGACAUGGGCGACUUUCAAUAUCAGAGCAUCGUGAACCCCAGCCUCCUCACAAACCCAGAUGACUCAGCAGGACAGGGUCCAUUCUUCAAUGACAUGUAUCCUUUUGGCAUUUCAGAAGGCGACUUCGCUGACGCACCUCGGCCUGAUGCAACAUUAGAUUUCGAUGAUUUCGACUUCAACCAGCAGGCACUUCAGAGCGUUGACGGUGGCUUCGACAUACCUACUACCCCACAGUCAUCACUUGCAGAUCAGAGGUACGUUUCCUUUCUUCCUCAGUCACAGACUCUUCCCAGCUCGGUAUGGCGCCCUCUAGAGCAGCCAGUACAGCCAUUCAACUACCCCGACCCCGAGAUCUUCUCUCAAUCUCCAAUUGACCCCACACCUUACUACCCUCUGCAGCCACUUCCCUCAGACAACACGAUGACGCAACACAACUUCGGAGUAAUCACUCCGCCAGGGCAACAAUUCUCGUCGAUUGAUCACCCAUUGUUCCUGCAUGGCAAUAUGGGUCCUCUACCGGCUACAGCAGGGAUGUUUCAGUAUGAGCCAAUUUCAAACUACCAAGACGAUGGAGCUUUCAACCCCGAGGACUUGUCCCUCUCUGCUGUCCCUGAAGACUUGGUUGCCACUGCAAUCCGCGAAGGCUGGGCUCUCCCUGGAUACAUCACACAACAAAGCGCUCCUCAUGACGACCUGUUUGUCCCCAACACCGGCAAUGACAACGACUCCGACAUCUCCGAUGCGCCUGACUCUGACGAAGAAUACAAACCGUCUUCAUUCGCAAUUGCAAAGAGAUCCCGUCGCAGCCGACCAUCUCAAAAUAAGGCGAUCUUGCCGAACGGGGAAGUGAAAAAGGGCAGACCCUGCGCCAAGCCUCAGACCACGGAGAGAAUGCGCAUCAAUGAGAGACGCAUGGAGGGCUACUAUAGGCGUAAGUACGACCAGGGUAACUUGGAGAAGGCGAGACAGCAGUCCAAGGAGAGCUAUUGGCGGCGCAAGCAGCGGAGGAUCGCGGCCGGGGAGAAGGUGAGAUCGUAUAAUGCGCUUAAGAGGGGGACGUCGAGUAAGAAGAUGUAG